AUGGCACGACCAUGUCUACACAACACUAAAGAAGAAAAGGCAGAAGCUGCACGCGCUUAUAAACGAGCUUACUAUGCAUGUCAUCGCGAUAAGCUAUGUGCGCAAAAAAAGGAGAUAUACAAGGGGGAGGAAGAUACUAGUAAGCCUGCCACUGUAGGAAGGCCACACUCAUAUUAUACGACUGAGGAGAAGAUUGAAGCCGCACACCGGUCCCGGAAAGCCUAUUAUGCUCGUAACCGUGAGGAGAUCCAUAUCAAAUGUCGGAACAAGUCAAACUUGGACAAUACCAGUAACCUCAAACCGGCGCGCUUGGUGCGACAUGCGAACAGACGCAAAAACAAAUGGCUAUACAAUGACAUCGACACCAGCCUGCAGGUCCUUAUUGGGUCGUCAAGCACAGCAUUGGUUGAGGGCCUUUGUGAGCUCUUCAUAGCAAACCCGGAUAAGCCAGAUUCAUUGGAUGUCCUGCGGUUGGCUCACAAUGGGUUGGAAGACCUCCUGCUGCGUGCACAAACUUUAGAAAACGAUGUUCUUGAGGAAUGUGGGACAGGGCAGGACCUCAGUCAGGCACAUAGUUCUGUGUCUAAUGUGCACAGGGUUCUGGCGGACUUGGGAGACGUGUUUACUCAUGCCAUGUUAGCGACAAUCAGUGCGGAAAAGUCCGAAUGGAAAAUUGUAUUGCUGUUACCCAUUAACCUUGGCAUCAAAUGUGACGAAACCAUAUUUACAAAGAUGGCACCACGUACAUGGCUGACACAGGAGCAACUGGCCUUCAAUACAACUUUUGAGGACAAGUACCUCGAAUGCCAAAAGAAGGGGAACUAUACCACUUUUUGGCAGCCCUUCUUCGAACAAUGGGAAGAGCGAUGGCCCGCGAGGGCUUCCUUGUUUCCAGGUAUUCCUAUGGAUCAAGCUCUCACUGCGGCUCAAUUAGAGGAGGACGACAAAUUCAGAGCUGCACUUCAGAAGCGCCUGAUUGUCAAAUUCCGCAAUGAUUAUGGUAAUUCAAAGCCUGGCCACAAGGCAGCUGCGGCGGGCAAUUUGGCUGUCCACAAACUUCUCUCCAAUAUCAUUAAAGGACCCACGACUGGUCGGAAACGUCCUCUCAAGGAAACUGAAGUCUAUGCUAAAAAGUACUAUGCUACUCGAGUCCAGGCCAGUGUUAAAGAUGAGCUCGACGCCAUCAAAGAACAACCCAACGCCCCCGAUCCCAAGAAGACGAACAUUCGAGUGGUUCAAAAGCACAUUGACCGAUGCUGGGAGAAUGAGUCUGUUGAGGUGAAGGAAGAAAUAUCUCAACUUACAAGAGAGAUGAGGGAAGAAGUGCGUGAGGCAGCGAAGGGGAGGAAAUUAUCCGAGGUGACCGAUGACCUAAUUAUACCGAGACUUACAGAAAUUCUCUCAACCUUCUUCGGAGAGCUUCAUGAGGCCACAGGAUGGACUUUCAGUGUCCUGCUUGGUGGCCCUGACCCAUCAAAUGAAGCUGAAGCUGGGACUUCAAAUAAAACAGUUGCCCAGAGUCUUGAGGGUGAAGAUCUCCGCAUUUCUGCCGCUCCAGACGGUAUUCCCACAAAUGACGAUUCUCCAACACCUACAACUGUAGCACCUGAUACAUUACAUGGUUCACACCCUGCAUCCUUACAGCCAGACUUGGUAUCUAACUUCCCUUCCACGUGCCUAGCACAAGAAGAGGUAGUCCCUGUACCACCUGAAGAGGAUUACUUGGAUUUCUUUCGACACCUGCCCCCCACUCCCCAAGACAAUGAGAUUGACCAACAGAUGAACAUGCUCCUCUCCAUGAUGGAGGGCUAUGUACCCUUCUGUCCACCACCGCUAGCACCACUCACUCUAGACCCUAUGUCUGCCUCCACCACAUUUCUCAAUCUGGAUUCAAAUCUUGAGAGUUUUGACGAGGCUCUCAAAUCCAUGCAGUCCCAGAAAAACAACACGGGAAUGGUCUGUUCUCCUCCCUGCAUUCGUUAUAAGUUCGACAGUCUCGUUCAAUCAUCUUUACCCACGGUGACUGCCUCUACCACACCCACUUUGACUCCUUCCCCACCUUUUACCACACCCACCAUCACUCCUUGCACCACACCAGUCGUCACACCUUACACCACACCUACUAUCACCCAUUCACCUGCAACUCCUUUUACCACACCUGCCAUCACUCCUUGCACCACACCGGACAUCACACCUCGCAUUACACCAGUCGUCAUACCUCGCACCACACCCACCAUCACCCAUUCACCUGCAGUCAGGUCUUCCACCACACCUGCUACCACACCCACGCCAGUUGCACCCACAACUACCAUACCCGCUACCACACCCUUGCUAGCUGCACCCACAACUAUCAUACCUGCUACCACACCCUCCUCGCUAGCUGCACCCACAACUCUUGUAACACUGGGAAUGACGCCUCCAGAGCUUAUGUUUGGGAUGGGAGCCGAUGCUCAAAACCCCAGCAAUGUUGUAGAUGAACAUCCAGCAAAGCGUCAGAAAUGGGCUCCAUGCGCACGUGCAGGAGAGACAGAUCCGCCACAGGCUGUCUCCUCCGGCUGA